AUGGCAGCUGACUUUGAUUGCGAACAUCGUCCUGAAAUAUCAGCUAUUAAAAAUUGUUGUAAAAUUCCAACUUUAUCCUUGACAAAAUAUAAUGAAAAGUGUGGCAAGUAUCUAAUAAACGGAGCCCACAUAACACCCUGCAGUUUUGAGUGCGUUUUUACCGCAUCGAAGGCUUUGAAUGGCACUAGUUUGGUUGUGGAUAAUAUUGAGCCUAUAUUGAAAAAUGUUUUCAACAACAAUGAGCAAUUUGUUGAUCUCUAUAUGGAUGGAUUUCGUAAUUGCAGCAGCCAGGAGAAGGAAAUGAUAAAGGUAUUGAAACGUCGUCAUAUGCCAGUGACUGGAAAGUGUACUCCAUUGCCGGCAAUGUAUUCCCUAUGCUCGCAUCGUUAUGUCUAUAUCAAUUGCCCUGAGGAGAAAUGGACUAAUAGUCCAACCUGCAUUGAGGCUAAAAACUAUAGUCUUAAUUGUGAAUUUAGCCAUUCACAUGGCCCAAAGAAGGGUUAA